CCCCUUUCCCUUUCUUUGCUUGCUGGGCCGUGUAGCUCGGCCUUACUCUCGCUCUGUCUCGAGCGGUGGGGAAGCCUCCGGGGGUGGGUUGCUUCCCCACUUGCUUCAGCUUAGGGAAUGUUCCUCCCCUUCCCGCGAUUCUCCUGCCUGGUCCUGAUUCUCUGUGUUCGAGUCUCGGCUCAGCAUCGCCAACCUCGUUUGAGUGUCAGUCUUCCUCCUUUUCGGCGCUUAUUUCUGUCCAAGGCUCAGUUAGCCCCCGGGACUCAAGACAACACGCGUCUCGCGUGGGUAUUGUUGCUGGCUUAAAAGCACGUGGGGCCUGUUCUCUUUAGAACUCUCCUCUAGUUUCUUAUUCCGCAUAGAAUAAUAAUCCAGACCCUACUGUGGCCCACAGGUGUGUCUCCUCCCCUCACCCUAUCUCAUUUUACGCCAUCUUCCGUGUGUGUUAUGUUCAGUUUACUUCCCUUAAAUUCCUCUAGUUCCGCCGAUAGUUUCUUGCCUCAGGACUUCUGCAUGUACUCUCUGCUUUCCCUGGCAUUCGUAUCUUUUCUUUCUCGUCCUGGGUUAUCACGUAUUUAUAUCCUUGAUCGCAGAGUCUGAAAGUUUCUUUUCUUGCCGUGUUUUUUAGUAGCGCAUUUACAUUAAAAAAAAAAAUCGGCGAUCCGUAUUUUUUAAACGCCUGUCUUUCCCCUUUAGGCUCUAAACUGCGGGAUGGAAAGGACUGCCCAGUUGGGUACCCAGUAUUUACACAAUGCUUUGCACAUAAGUAUGCUCAGUGAAUAUUUGUAAAGUGAUUGAAAAACACACACUCUUUGUAUUGCAUUGCAUUCUUCUUUUUACAAAUUGCAUUCAGAUACUUUAUCUCUUUUAACAUUUAUAGUGUUCCAGUGGGUUGUUUCUGUUAGGUCGCGAUUAUCCUUUGAAGGCUCCAUGAGAAAUCACAGGCUUUUUAGUAACCUCCUGAAACUCUCAAAGAGGAAGGAAGUGGCAAAGUCAGGAUUCAAACCUGGAUGUUUUCUGCAGAGCUUCAGUCCUUGUAAAGAUUGUCGGGAGUUUUGAAUGUGUUUGAAGGAAAUCCGAAAAGUUGUACAGAGUUUAGAACAAACAGCUCGAGAGAUCUUAACUCUACUGCAGGGGGUCCAUCAGGGUGCUGGUUUUCAGGACAUUCCAAAGAGGUGUUUGAAAGCUCGAGAACAUUUUGGUACAGUAAAAACACAUCUAACAUCUUUGAAGACCAAGUUCCCUGCUGAACAGUAUUACAGAUUUCAUGAGCACUGGAGGUUUGUGUUGCAGCGUUUGGUCUUCCUGGCGGCAUUUGUUGUGUACUUGGAAUCAGAAACACUAGUGACUCGAGAAGCAGUUACAGAAAUUCUUGGUAUUGAGCCAGAUCGGGAGAAAGGAUUUCAUCUGGAUGUAGAAGAUUAUCUCUCAGGAGUUCUAAUUCUUGCCAGUGAAUUGUCCAGGCUGUCUGUCAACAGUGUGACUGCGGGAGACUACUCCCGGCCCCUCCACAUCUCCACCUUCAUCAAUGAGCUGGAUUCUGGCUUCCGCCUUCUCAACCUGAAAAACGACUCCCUGAGGAAGCGCUAUGACGGCUUGAAGUACGAUGUGAAGAAAGUAGAGGAGGUGGUCUAUGAUCUCUCCAUCCGGGGCUUCAAUAAGGAGACAGCAGCGGCUUGUGCAGAGAAAUAGGAGGCCCUCCUUGUGCCUGGCCCUGCUGACUUCAGUGGUUGCCAGUGAGGGUGAGCCCAGUGCCUCUCAAGGUAGUUAGGAUUGCCCCUUGCUAAACACCGCGCUUUAUUUUCUUAACCAGUGUGUGGUGUAAGUAUCAAAAUUGAAACACAUUUUUGGGGGUAAAAAAGAUAGCCUUUACAAGGACAGAUUUUCUUUGUUGUUUCAGUGAAUAUGCUCUGUAAUUCUGUGUAUUUCAGUUCUGUCAAAAAGUGUAAAUGUCAGUCUCUUGGUAAAGUCCUUUUCUUGCUUACCCUGAUGCUGUUGAUGUACUGAUUGAGGAGUUUAUUGUCUUGUGUUCCUUCCAGAAGUGAUCCUUGGUGUUUUCUAUAUCCAAAUUAGCCAUCCACUCCCAGGUGUAGCCUGGAUACAGUAUAAACAUAGGUAAUUUAAAAGGAUGGUUGCCAAGCAAAGGACAACUUAUUUUAUAUUUCCCUUAUUUUAAGCCUCAUAAGUAAAUCAGAUGUUGAAUUUUUUUUGCAAGGGAGUUACAGCCCCAGGGUCUCUCUCACUGCCAUCAAAAUGUAAAAGAUGAAAUUGCAAAGUCAAGUUCAACAGAUUAUUUUGGGAUGUUUUUGUAUUAGGGGAUUGAGUAACAUCUUCUCAUUUAGCUCUGUUUACCAGGUGUAGAGUAGGGCUUAGUGUUUUACAACACCUCUGUUUUCUGAUGUUGCCUUAACAUUCUGCUCUUGCAGCAACUUAAAAAUCGUUUUCACACACAUCUUGAACUAACACUUCAUAUAAAUAUAUUUUUAAGCUAUGAAACCUUUUUCCUAGCAGCCAGCUAGACUGUCUGGUCUGAGACUAUAAAGCCACCCAGUCAAGUAAAUUAGCAAUACCCCGACUGGUAUUUUCAGAGCAAAACUGCUGUGCUUUGUCUGGAAAAAAGAGAAAACUUGGAUUAAAAAAGAAGAUCUGCUGAUUUGUUAAUGUUUUUUAGAGUAAGCAAUUUCAAGUUGUUGGCAGCUAUCCCAACGGUCAGGUUUUAGAUUUAAAGUUUUGGGCAAGUCACAUGAACCUUGUUGGCACCUACCUCCCCCUCCUUGUUUUCAGGUAGUGCUAAGAAUGCUUGCCAUGUAAUUUUUGCUGUUGAAUUGAAAUGGUUUAAAAUGGUGACUUAACCCAUAGUUUUUUGGAGUUCACUCAAAGGAAGGUGCUAGUGUUUCCAGAAAAAAAGGAAGUAUUUUGAAGUAUCCUCUCAAGCCCGAUACCAGGUUAAGCUUUCUGUUUGUGCAGUAGAAUAUUUGGCAUUCCCUCUCAGAGGCAUGGUCAGGCCAAGUUAAGAACUGACCAAAUUUUCCAUCCUGAGGAAAGAAGUAGAAACGGAGCAUAAAUUGCUUUGCAUUUUUGGGUUUUAGAACAAUUUUCUUGACUGCUCUUUCUGUAGAGAGUUUGUAGAAAGAAGAAAGGUGUUCAGAUGUUUGAAGUGCCUAGGGCGGUCAUCUAAAAUGUGCAGUAGUAGCACUGCCUGGGUUGAGCAUAAAAGGCUUAUCUACAUGAUCAAACAUUUGCAGUAAGUUUGGUAAUAGUUUUCUUCUAUGGGGAGAAUAAAUUCUAAAGGUGUUUUGAGGCUGAAGAAGACCAGGGGUGAUAAGCACAUACUGCUGUGUAGUAGUUAAAAUUAUCAAAAGACACCAACCACUCAGAGUUAAAUUAAAAGUAUUGUAAUUGAACGUAUUGAAAAGCCUCAGCUCUGGUUUUUUUAGUACACCAGAAUUGUUCUUUUCAGUUUUAGAGAACUGAGCAGCUUAGAGAGAGUAGAGAUGAAUUAGUGGAUGUUUUCUUUAUAAAUUUAUUUAUAAGAAGAGAACCCAUAAAUACUUCAUAAGAUUUGCCCUGUCUUAAACUUGAAUAAUAAUAUUGGUAACGCUUAAGAGAAUUUAAUAAAGAACGAAAGCUUC